AUUACCAGCCUUAAUAAAAACCAACCGUUUAGACAGACCCCGAGUUCGGUGUUUGGAUCCACACAAUUUUUGUAUCGCGUUUUGUGUGUCAUUCAAGACCUGAAUAAUGGCAGACAGAGACAAGGCGACGGAUCAGAUGAAACUGUGGAAGGAGGGCCGCGGCUCUCAGCGGCCAGAUGUCCUGACCACUGGAGCCGGAGUCCCGGUUGGGGACAAGUUAAACUCAAUGACGGCGGGUCCGCGUGGGCCACUGCUGGUCCAGGACGUGGUGUUUGCUGAUGAAAUGGCCCACUUUGACCGAGAGAGGAUACCAGAGAGAGUCGUGCACGCUAAAGGAGCAGGAGCGUUUGGCUACUUCGAAGUGACCCAUGACAUCACACGCUAUUGUAAAGCCAAAGUGUUCGAGCAUGUGGGAAAGACAACACCCAUCGCUGUUCGCUUUUCCACUGUGGCUGGUGAGUCUGGGUCGGCAGAUACCGUCCGAGAUCCUCGAGGAUUUGCAGUGAAGUUCUACACUGAUGAGGGCAACUGGGAUCUUACUGGAAACAACACCCCGAUCUUUUUUAUCAGGGAUGCGCUUCUGUUUCCGUCCUUCAUCCACUCUCAGAAACGAAAUCCGCAGACUCACGUGAAGGAUCCGGAUAUGGUUUGGGAUUUCUGGGGUUUGCGUCCUGAAUCGUUGCACCAGGUGUCUUUCCUGUUUAGCGAUCGGGGAAUUCCGGAUGGCCUCCGUCAUAUGAACGGAUACGGAUCGCACACUUUCAAACUGGUCAACGCUCAGGGGCAGCCGGUGUACUGCAAGUUCCACUAUAAGACUGAUCAGGGCAUUAAGAAUUUGACCGUUGAAGAGGCGGAUCGUCUUGCAUCCACUGACCCAGAUUACUCCAUCAGAGAUCUGUACAACGCCAUCUCCAACGGCAACUUCCCAUCCUGGACCUUCUACAUCCAGGUCAUGACCUUUGAGCAGGCGGAGAACUGGAAGUGGAAUCCCUUUGAUGUGACUAAGGUCUGGUCCCAUAAGGAAUUCCCUCUGAUUCCUGUGGGACGCCUUGUGUUGAACCGAAACCCUGUGAACUAUUUCGCUGAGGUUGAGCAGCUGGCGUUCGAUCCCAGUAACAUGCCGCCCGGCAUUGAGGCCAGCCCGGACAAAAUGCUGCAGGGGCGUCUUUUCUCCUACCCAGACACACAACGGCAUCGGCUCGGAGCAAAUUACCUCCAACUGCCCGUCAACUGCCCCUACCGCACCCGUGUGGCAAACUACCAGAGAGACGGCCCCAUGUGCAUGUACGACAACCAGGGGGGAGCUCCGAACUAUUUCCCCAACAGCUUCAGUGCUCCCGAUACCCAGCCGUGCUUCCUGGAGUCGAAGUGCCAAGUGUCUCCUGAUGUGGGCCGAUACAACAGCGCAGACGAUGACAACGUGACCCAGGUGCGCACGUUCUUCACCGAGGUGCUGAAUGAAGCCGAGCGAGAGCGUCUGUGUCAGAAUAUGGCCGGCCAUAUGAAAGGAGCUCAACUGUUUAUCCAGAAGCGCGUGGUGCAAAACCUGAUGUCCGUUCACCACGAUUAUGGGACUCGUGUUCAGACUCUCCUGGAUAAACACAACGCUGAAGGGAAGAAGAACACUAUUCAUGUUUAUAGUCGCGGUGGAGCGUCUGCUGUGGCUGCAGCCUCUAAGAUGUGAUUUAAAAGUGCCGCCCCUACACACACACACACACACAUUCAUUCUCUUAUAGAGUGUGAUAUAGGGUCAUGAUGCUUAACUCAUUCCUUGUGUGCUGUAAAAAUAGACAUC